GCUUCAGUUUGACAUUAGAACUUCGACUUUGACGUUGUGCCGAUCGCUGCGGAGUGGAGCGGAGCCGUCGAGAACUACACUGCACUACACAAACACGAACACAAACUCGAGUACCGCUGUAGUGUUUCCCCCCCUCAGUUGUGGUUUGGGGCUCGCCGAUUGAUUUUGCCGUUUAUAAAUAGCUUUUCGAGUGGUCGGGACGACGCGUGACGUGACGUGACGUAGACGAUGCCCAAUAAUCGCAAUCGCAAUCGUAAUCGCAAUCGCAACAAACGCAAUCGAAACCAAAGUCAAAAUCAAAACCAGCAGCGGGAGGAGGAGCAAGAGGAUACCCAGGCAGAGGCAGUGCCAGAGGCAACUUCUUCUUCCAUAGAUGAUAAUGGAAAUUCUGGCAGCGUUUCAAAUGGAUUGGCAGCGGGCGCCACCAGCAGCGAAAACAGCAACAAAGUUGCCGCGGAUCCACAGCUAGAGGUGAAGGCAGAGCCACCAAAAGAAGCAGCAGCAACGGAAGACGAAGACGAAGACAAAGAGAAAUCCACAAUAAGCGCAGCCCAAAACGAAACGGAAGCAGAGCAACCUCCCACAGAAAUGGGUGCCAAAAACUCCAAGCAACAGUCGGAGAAAUCCGGCAAGCGAUCGAGAAAUGAGGCGGAGCAGGCACCGCUUAAGGCUCCGGGUAGUCCGCGACAGGCCAAGGUCAUAGUGCAUCGCAUUGUGCGGGAGGUGGAUGAGCAGCAGCAGCAGCAGCCAAACACCAGUCAAGAACUGAAAGACGAAGAAGUCAAAGUGCCAGAGCAAACGGAAGUUGUUGCUGCCGCUCCACAGCCGCUGCAGCGCAGCACAAAAGUGAUUAUCCAUCAGAUACGCGUGGAGAGGGAUGCCCCUAAAGGUGAGCCCACCUUCGAGGAGAUCAGCACCACAACACCGGCACCGCCCGCUUCGCUGAGCCUCAGCACAGACGGCACAGGCGGCACACUGUCGCCGCCGCCCCGCUACCUCGUGGAGUCACCCAAGAACGUGUCGGGAGCCGGAGCUGUGGGACACUUUGGGCACUUUGCACGCGACAUGCAGAUACAGGAGCUGGAGCUGAGCAGCGACUGCAGCUCCGGGGAGUUCAAUGUGCUGCAGUCGCCGCUGGUGUGCGAGGUGGACUCGGAGACGGAGGCAGCCCCCCCGCUGGAUCUGCAGCCGUCCAGCCGCGCCGACCAACAGGAGCAGCUGCGGCAGAGGCGCGCCCAGAAACGGAACGCCCUGGAGUCGCACUUCCUGCCGCAGCUGAUGAAUCCGCGCUACCUGGACAGCAUACUGGAGGAGAACAGCGAGCUGGCAGGUGCCGGAAUGGCCCACCUGCAUCGCAGCAGCUCCUCCGGCAACGAUCAGGCGGGGAUGCGGCUCCACCCGAAGCUCACCGAAACGUUCCCCAAGAGCCAGCUGGACUUUAGCCGCCGCCACAAGCGCAGGGAGGAGCCGGUGGCCCUCAUGCUCGAGACGAAACUGAUUGAGGAGGCCAGCGACCUCGAGAGCUGCACCCGACUGCAGAGCGCACUGUCGCCGCAGUCCGAGGACGCGGAACUGGUGUACCUCAGCUCCUCGGCCUCCAGCAGCAUGUCCGACCUGAUGGAGCUCGAGCUGGAGCAGGCCGCGGCGUUGGCAGAGCUUGCCCUGGUGGAUCUGGACACGGAUGCCAGCAAGCUGUUCCGCAGGCCCGACGAUGAGAUGAGCAGCACGACCACAACGGACGCGGCCACGUCAUCGAACGAGACGGAAACGGAGGGGGAACCGGAGACGGAAACGGACACGGAGAGGGACACGGAGAGGGACACGGAGAGCCGCGAGAGCACACCUGUUAACCAGGGAGAGGGACUGGCAUCGGCUGGCAGCUCGUUGUCUUCGCUUUUGAGUGCCGCCACGCCGACGCCCACCAACGCAGAGCAGCCGCAGCCGCAGCCGCCGAGAGCAGAAGAUACAUUUGUAUCUUUCGAUUCGAUUCGCGAACAGCCGCCAGUCCGCGGCAGCAUCGGCAGUAUCGGUGCAGCGUCUACGCUGUCGGCCACGCGAGAGGAGUUCGUUCGCAACAUGGACAAAGUGCGCGAGUUGAUCGAGAUGACGCGACGCGAGGAGGAGGAGCAGCAGCAGCAGCAAGGGGAGCCACAACAGUCGAGUAUCGGUAACGGAGUGCCUGCUCCGGAGCAGUACCAGCCACGUUCGCCCUCACCCCCGCCCAUUCCGCCGCCACCCGCUGGCCUCCAGCACUACCAUCCCAACAGUCCAACAAUCCACACAGUCAGCCUGCCGCCACUGCUGCUGAGUCGGCAGGAGUCUGCGGAGUCACACUGCUCGGACAGCACACAGCACAGCCAGUGCACGGCCAUCAAUUUGGCCUCGCCCCCGCCCUGCUUUGCCAGCAGUCCCCCGCCACAGACACAGCCACCCACACCACCCCUCAGACAACAACAGCCGCAACAUGCACCACAAUUUCCUGUUCCUAAAUCCACUCCCGCUUCCACCUGCACCCACCCAGCACAUCCCCCAGCCCAGCAGCAGCAGCAGCAGCAGCUAGAGUCAGAGAUUUCAGUUGCAGAUGACGAACCGAAAGCAGCAGCAGAAUCGGAUCCCAUUAAGAAGCUGCGACUGCUGUGCACCGAGACCUUGGCUUCCAUGCCGUAUGGUGAGCAGGUGCUCGAGGAACUAGCCAGCGUGGCACAGGAUAUCGCAGAGCCAGGAGCACACCAGCAACAGCAGGAACCUACAGCCGCCGCCACGAUGCCCUAUCCACUGCCAGCAAUGCCCCACAUAAGGGAGCUGCAGCUGUCCACCAGCACCAGCAAACACGAGAGCAAGUCCUCGUCCUCGUCCUCGUCGUCGUCCACUUCCGCUUGGCUGGGAAUGCCCACGCAGGCGGAUCCCAAGCUGCUGGUUUGCCUGUCGCCGGCACAACGUCCGCUGGUGGGUGAGACCAAAGCCGAUCAGCUGCUGGAUGAUCAUCAAAAGUUCGUGGAGCGUCGCGGCUACCAUGAGCUGAGCAGCGCCCAAGUGCGUGCCCUCGACAACGAGCAGCAGGAGCAGCAGCAGCAGCAGCAGCAGCAGCAAAAGCAGAGCGAGAUGCUCAAGACGGCGGCCAUGAUGCGAGAGUUGCGCAAGAGCCUGACACCCACGCAAGAGCCAUCGGCACAGCCACCGCCAGUGCCAGUGAAGAGCGCCGAAACAGCGGCCAAGGCGAGCGCCAAGAGAGAUGACGCAAGCGCCGAUCCGAAGAGGAACGGAUCGUCAUCGAGUGAAAAUAAACCAAGGCAAGCAGCUGAUCCCAGCGAGCACACAGAGACGCAGCAGCAGCAGCAGCAGACCAGAUCCAGCCAUCAAAUGAACAGCAGCACGGACGUGAGAUUCCCAGCCACCACAAUCGGAGGCAUGGAGAGCGAACUGGCCAAGAUGUUCCCCAGCAUGGCCCAGCAGCAGCAGCGGCAGGGCGACAUCUUCGAGGAGCAGCGCAAGCGCUUCUCCAACAUCGAAACGACAUCCAGCAGCCAGCCGAAGGUGCAGCAGCAGCAGCACACCAAGCGGUACUCGAACAUUGAGACCAGCUCGUACGAGUCGAAGAAGCGCACGGAGAACGGUCAGGUGAUCUAUGACAUUACGAACUCCAGUCACGAGAAGCAGAGCAAUCUGCCGGCGGCUGACUCAACCGAUCAUGCCCCGCCGCCGCCCAUCCCACCGCCGCCAAUUAUGUCAGCAACGAAAUUAAACGGUUCGACUACGGCAAACACUUUCAUUGAGGAUGAUGACGCGACCAAAAAUAGCAGAGAGCGCCCCAAUGGGGAGAGCAAGAGCGGCGGCGGCGGCACGUAUGAGGAAUUUCGGCAGCGUGCCAAGGCGGCCGUGGAUGCCAUUGGAGCGCCGCGAGUGCCCCCCACCAACGGAUUGGACAAUGAGAAGGUGUUCAAGGACUUUGAUCGGCUCUCGCAGCAGAUGAACGCCGAGCUGCAGUCAACGCGGGAGCGGCGCGAGAAGUCCGCCUCGCUCUUCGAUCUCAACGGCAUGACGCGGAGCCAGGGCCAGGGCCAGGGCCAGGGCAAACAUCCGCUGGAGGAGUUGAAGCAGCGUCGCCACGCCCACAUGCAGGAGCUGGAGCGAGAGAUUGAGCGUUCAUCGAGAUCCCGGCAGGAGCGCAUGUCCUCGGUGCCACGGAGUCUGGAGAGCACAGGACAGACGCCUCGCACCCACGAGAUUCCCAUCGAGCUGGAGCAGCAGGAGCAGCAGGAGCAGCGCUCCCGUCGCGCCGAAUCCAUGUGCAACCUGAGCGAGCCACGCCCACGGCCACACACCUCGGCGGGGCACUACAAUUACAGCAGCGCGUCGCAGGAUGAUUGGUCGCGAUAUGCCAGCGAUCUGGGCUACUCGGAGAACAUUGCCAGGCCCUUUGCCCGCGAGGUGGAGAUCUGCUACCAGCGACAGAAUCCCAGGCAGUCGCAGCCCAUACGUGCGCCACGUCUCUCGGCCAGCACCAACGACCUGUGCAGCGGCUACCACCAGCAGCAGCAGCAGCAGCAGCAGCAGCAGCAGCAGCAGCAGCAGCAGCACAGCUUCGAUAGCUUCAACGCUUAUGGGGGACGCAGGACACACGCGCCCAUGCUCAGCCAGGCGCCGCAGCAGCAGCGACCGCACUAUGCCAGCUGCUACUCGAUGAUCGAGCGGGAUCCCAAUCCAAAGUACAUCAGCACCACCUCCAGGCGGGGCGUCAGUCCGGGCCCCGUGCCACAGGCAGCGCCAGCGAGUGUGCUGCCGCCGCCAGCCUACGAUCGGCAGCAGCGGCGUUCCUCGCUGCCGCGGGAGCUGCACGAGCAGCAGCUCAAGUACAUCCUGUCCAAGGAGGAGGAGCUGCGCCUGGAGGUGGAGCGCCUGCAGCUGGAGCGUCGCCGGCUGAUGGAGGAGAUGCAGCGGGCGCCGGUCUUGCCGCCGCCACAGCGACGGGAGAGCUAUCGGCCGGCGGCCAAGCUGCCGACGCUCAGCGAGGACGAGGUCUUCCGCCAGCAGAUGGCCGAGGAGUGGAUGAACAAGGUGGCCGAGCGAGAGGAGCGCCGCCAGCACAAGAUCAUCAAAAUCUCCAAGAUCGAGGACGAGCAGGACCACGCCACAGAGCGGUCGAACAUCAGCGACGAGUUCCUCAGCGCCGUCAAGGAGCGACGCCACAAGCUGGCCAUGCCCGCGGACAGCGACUGGGAGAGCGGCGCCGAGUCCCAGCCGCAGGCUCAGGCGGGAGUCGCCGCCAGCAAUGAGUCGGAUGCGGAGGCAGCGCCCGUGCGCAUACUCGAGGGCCAGGCGGAGGCGAGUCUGCGGCAACUGCCGCGACAUCUGCGCGAAUUCGCCAAGUUCUCGACGAGCGAACAGCUGCCGGAUGGGGCACAGGUGGAGCGGCACGAGGAGCAGGAGAGGCGCGAGGAGGCAACGGACAACACGCACAGCAGCGCCAGCCACAAGAAGAGCAUCGUGAAGACGUACAAGGUGUCGCGUCUGCCGCCUUCCGUCCAGGACAGAGGAGCAACAGCAACAGCAACAGCAAGCGCCGCAGAGACUGCACCGGCCAUGAGUGUAAGGCUGCGACCACGACCGCCCAAGCAGACGCGCUUCCUACUCAAUCCGCAGCAGCUGCAGCGUCAGCGGCAACGGCGCAGCUGGUCCGAGAGCGAUCUGCUCAAGGAGAUUGACAGCGAGCUGCAGCUGGCCAAGGGCUUCCUCUAUGCGAAUGUCUACAAAGUCAAGCACGAGUAUAUGAGCGAACCGGAGUCGGACAACGAUCGUCCGCGCAAAAUGGCACAGUUAGGUCGAAGGCAAUACGAUGGCAUCGGUCCGGUGACCAACGAUGGAAUGCCCAUCAUACUCAGAUCGGAGGUCCAGGAGCCGCAUCAGCAUGAGUGGUACAAGCGACUCUAUCAGACCAUACACAAGCAGAAGAACGGCGAUGAUUUCGUGAUACGCUACAAGUGUCCCAGAGCCCGUCCGUCGUACAAGAGCAACGGUUACGUGUCAGAGCCCGAACCCAACUACGACUCCGACUACUCCACGGUGAGAUAUCGCACACAGAAUCCGCAUCGUGUGCAGUCCGUCUCCUCGGCUGUCAAUGUGCGCAACCUGAGCCAGGACGAGAAGCUGUAUGGUACUAUGCCAAAUCCCAUCAAGUCGGCUCAGAAUUCAUAUAAAAAUCAGCCAGGCCGCAUCGAGGACUACACCACGGGACAUUCGUCCGUGUCCGAAAAGGAGAAGAAGGAGAACUUAGAACAAUCGAAACUAUCCCCGCUCUACACAGAAGGAAACUUGUCCAGAGCUCUGGCCAAGGAAUCCGGCUACACCAGCGACUCGAACCUAGUCUUCCGCAAGAAGGAGCUGCCCGUCAGCAGUCCCCUCAGUCCCGUGGAGCAGCGGCAGGCCUACAAGAGUCUGCAGGCAGGCGGAGAACCGCCACUCUUCGGCUUCCGCAAGCCAGCGCCCGAGAGGCCCAGAGAAAUUGUGGAGGAAUUCGAAUUUAUACAGAUCACUCCGACCCUCACCAAGAUACGCGUGAGCACCAAGGAGCUGCAAGAGGACGAGCCCACAGUGCCCAGUCCAGUGAUAACUCAGCCACCACCUCCGCCACCGCCACCGCCUCCACCACCGCCACCGCCACAGCCGCCAGCAACAAGCCACAAGAGUAGCAGCAGCAGCCCCAAGAUGUUCUCGCAGCUGUCGAAGACUCUGCCCUCGUUCAUUCCGAUGAGCAAGAAGCAGCAGCAGCAGGAGCAGGGCGCACCUGCCCCAUUGCCACCCAAUCGCAAGUCCUCCUGCACCAAGAGCACGGUGCGUGUCUCGAGCUCCACCAAGGCCCGCCACGAGCAGUGCUUCCAGCCACCGGGCGGAGGAACCAUCACCCUGAGGAAGGUCGCCACCUCGUCGAGCAGCACGCGACGCGAACCCAUCUCCCGGUCCAAGUCCGCGGGUGCAGUCUCCACCUUGCUGGCCACCCUCACGGCCUCCACCAAGGAGACGCGCCAGAAGGAUGGCGGCACCUGUCGCGUCACCCGAGUGCAGCAGCAGUCGCGUCUCCGAUCCGUGAGUCCCAGCCGCCGUCCGGUUCGGGUGCUGGCCCUGCGCCAAUCGAGUCGCAGUCCGGUGGCCUUUGGGCGGAGCAUCUCCAAGGAGCGCAGCUUUGCCGAGGAGAAGAAGCGGCUGGAGAACACGCUGCCCCCCAGCCGGACCAACUUUGAGGCCAGCACCAACAUCCUGCGGGACCCGUUCCUCAAGUCGCCGCAGGAGGUGCGCGAGGCGGUGCGCUCCUACGCCACCUGCAAGGCGCAGCACACGCGCAGCAAGUCGCUGCCCCGACUGCGCCAGAGCACCGUGAGCACCACUACCAGGCAGACGAUGUGCUUCCCCCAGGUGCGCCCACAAACCCUCAUCGACUGCGGCCGAUCCCUGCGGAAGGUGCUGCCCAAGAACCAGGCGAAGAACGCCUCCAACGACAGCCUGCCGCGCAGCAACUCCACCUUCUCCAUCGACUCGAUGGGCAGGCAGGAGUAUGUGCCGAUUGCCCCGCCCAAGAUCUACGUGGGCAAGGCCAAGCCCAGCCCCAGCACCAAGUCCAAGUCGCUGGUUCCACUCCAGAGCAGCCGCAGCGAGGGCCAUGUGCCGCGCAAGCGUCAGGUGGGAAAGCCGCCCGCCUCCAGCAGCACCAAAGCGAAGCAUCCGGCCGUGUCCGUGCAGUCGUACAGCGACACGGUGCGCGAGAAGACGAACUUCUGGAACGACUACAAUGCCAAGCAGUCCGUCUCCAUGUCCAUGUCCAUGUCGCUGCCACAGCAGGCGGAGUACAAGUACUGCUCCCUGGAGCCGGAGGAUGUCUACGACUACGCUGGCAGCGCACAGGCUCAGCCAGCGAGCAGCUGCAUCGAGGAUCUGGUGUGGAAGUACGAGAACAAGGAUCGCGAUCGCGAUCGCCAUGCCAAGCCAUGCCAGACGACAGUCACGGACAUUGCCCGUCCCCAGUCGCCACAGCCGGACUAUGAGAAGUCCCUAGAGCGCCGUUUCUCGCCCACGCGGGAGGUUCGAGUGCCCCAAAAUCAGAAUCAAAGUCAGAGCCAGAGCCAGAACCAGAGGGAGGUGCGCUCUCCCUCGCGUCGUCGCAUCGACAGUCUGAGAUCCAGCCAGCGGCAGGACAGGGAACAGGCCAUCGCUCGGGCCAGCAGCCUGAGCAGCGCCGAUGAUCGCAGCAAGCGAACUGCGCAGCCGGGAAGCCUCUACCAGUGCGGGGAUCUGGCCCACAGUGCCACCUCCCUGACGUAUCUGGAGCGGCACAGCCCCAGCUGUCGGUACCGCAACAACUGCGAGCGUUUCACGGAUCUAAAUCGAUUCUACAGCACCCUGGAGCGGGUGGGGCAGCUGGAGAGAGCCACGUCCUCGAGCAGCUUCCAUCCCCUGCGCAAGGACGCCGAGUUGCUGGCCUUUGACGAGUGGCGCAAGGUGCGGCUGCACGAGCGCGCCGAGAAGGAGCUGCAGUAUUUGGUGGGCAAGCUGCAGCACGACCAGCGGGAGCGGGAUCUGCACUUCCGCUCCAAGGAUGUGGGCGAGAUCAAGUGGCGCCAGGAGGCGGACCAGGCGCUCAGCACCAAGAAGAAGUCGGUGGAGGAUCUGCGCGAGAACUUCGAGCAGUUGCAGCUCUUCAGGCAGCACCAGCAGGAGUGCCAGCUGCAGCCGGUGCAGCGCCACUGGAGACGCAACACCGUGGCGGAUCUGGCCAGCAGCCUGGAGCAGCGUGUGGCGAGAGACGACACCGAAAUGGAGCGCCACCUGGACAACGAUCUGGUCAGCACUCUGUCCAAGGAUCAGAUCAAGAAGAUCACGCAGCAGCUGAACGAGAUCUAUGCCGGGGGUGGCAACCGCAAGGGCGCGGCUGUCGAGGAGCAGUAUGUGGUCACCGUGGAGAAGGGCUCCGCCAAGCCGGGCUCCCACGCCCACACCCUGAAGGUGCGCUGCAACUCGAACAUCUCCAAGGAGCAGCUCCUCGGACCCGUUCUGCGCAAGCGCGAGGAGCAGCAGCAGCAGCAGGCGCAGACGCAGACUCUGCCACGUCCCACGCGCAGCCAGUCGCCGGUGGUGGUGGCCAGGGAGACGCGCGGCGCCAUUGCGGCCAAGAAUGCCGAACUCACGCUGACCAGGGCCCCCGAUGUGCCGCCCCGUCCAAAGCCCAGCGAGGUCAAGGGCCAGGCCAAGACUGCGGCUGCCCCGAAGGUUGUGGAGCAGGAGCCGGCGGAGAACAUCGUCCAGAAGAUACAAUACUUUGAGGAUCGGCAGUUCGAGGAGCCGGCCAAGACCAUCUACCACGCGCGCGAGGACUCCUCGCCCGACGAGGCCGAGGUGAUGCGCCUCAUCGAGCACAACAUGCAGGCGCGCCAGAAGGCCCGCAACCAGGCCCACGUGCUCACCCACACGGAGCUGAGCAACUCGCUGACGGAUCUGAGCGGCGUCUAUGGGGAGCGACCCGCUGCACGGGUAAAUUUUCACUUGCACAGCCCCCCGCUGCGCCCGCCCGACGAGGCGGAGGCAGAGGCAGAGGCCGAGCUGCUCAGCUUCGAGAAUGGUUCGCCCGGGCCAGGAGACGCCAGCCUUGAGCUGUACGACAGAGAGUCCUACUACCGCUCGCGCAGUCUCUCGCCCCAGUCCCAGGUGUCGGCCUGCUCGAGCUCCUAUCUGCAGCGCGUCUACACGGGGGAGGUGCAGAAGAUGCGGCAGCACUUCGAGGGCAUCAACCGGGAGUCCAACGAACAGUCGAACGAUUUUUUUGGGCUUAGCCCGCUGCGGAAGGCGCGCAGCGAUCCCGAAUUUAGUGCGGGAUCAAAAGACGCCUCGGGCAACGCUACGGAGGCGGAGCCGCAGAAAGAACCACAGCCAGGCAGGAGCAGGCAGCAGCAGCAGGCAGACGAUGUCAGUCGCAUGACCCACAAGUUCGAGCUGCGCGGGGCCACACCCUCGCCGGAGCGCGGUCGCCGGCGCCAGCGCAGCGCCCAGGAUCGUCUCAUGCCGCACAUCGAUGUCAUCAGCAAGACGGCGGCCCUCAAGCGGGAGCUGGCCCCACGGAGCGCCCUGCGCAGCCUCAGCAGCAGCAGCAACUACAUCGAGCGUCUGCGCCUGCGCUACGAGUCGCCAGAUCCCGCCGACACCCAAACGCGGACCGUCAGCCAUCUGUCCACGUCGCAUCCGGAUCUGCGGGAUGUGCACGACAUCUCGCCGCACCUGUGCGCCGACUGGGUGGCCCACAAGCACCCACAGCCCACGGACCAGCCACGCCCGAAGCUGCCCAAGGCUCUGCCCAAGAAGCCGCAGCGCGUGACUCCGCGCGCCAGCUCCGCCUCGCCGCCCCGUCCGCCCAAGUCGCCGCGUCACCAGCACAGCCGCCAGCAGACCAGCUCCCUGCGCAGCAACUAUGCCGACAUCUUUGCCAAUCAGAAGUUCGAUCCGAGGAUGCAUCGCCCCAAGGCACGCUACGUGCCGGAUGGGGCAGAGCAAACCAAGAGGAGCCCUGCCCCUGGCGGCGCCACCACCACCUUGGAGCGUCUCAAGAAGACGAUGGCGGUAACGUUCAAAGAAUCUCCCAAUCGUUAUUAUGACACAGACGUCAACAUUCACUUCAAGACACCGAUAAGGCAUGAGCAGAAGCAGUACAUACCGGAGGAGGAACUAGCCACACGCCAAGCGGAGCAUAUGCAGAAGCUCUACCACGAGGAGCGACGCCGCAAGUAUCUACAGGAGCUGCAGGACAUGAACUCUCGACGCCACACGGACAACUUUACGCCCUCGCAGAAGUCACCGAUCGCCCUCAAUCGCUACGAUGACUUCCCCACCGACGUGACGCUCAAGUCGCUGGUGGGUCCCAAAACCGUUGCCCGUGCCCUCUACAACUUCCAGGGACAGAGCUCCAAAGAGCUCUCCUUCCGCAAGGGCGACACCAUCUACAUAAGGCGGCAGAUCGAUCCCAACUGGUAUGAGGGUGAGCACAAUGCGAUGAUCGGACUGCUCCCAGCGAGCUAUGUGGAGAUUGUGAGCCGCGAUGGGGCACGCACUCCGUCCAAGCGGCCAUCGGAGGGCCAGGCUCGUGCCAAAUACAACUUCCAGGCCCAGUCCGGCGUCGAGCUGUCCCUCAACAAGGGAGAGCUGGUCACGUUGACGCGUCGCGUGGAUGGCAACUGGUUCGAGGGAAAGAUUGCCAACAGGAAGGGCAUAUUCCCAGUGUCCUAUGUGGAGGUGCUCACGGACAUUGGAGCCGAGGAUAUUGCGGCCAGGACGACGACCGUGAUCAGCAGCCAGAGCACCACGAAUCUGCGGCCCAAUCUGGAUGUGCUGCGCACAAACAUCAACAAUGAGUUCAACACGCUGACCCAGAACGGAGCUCAGCCCGUGAACGGUAUCCUGAAGGAGACACGAACGCUGCACAAGACGGACGCACUCCACGUGGACACCAGCUCGGAGCCACUGGCCUAUCGCGCGCUGUACAAGUACCGGCCGCAGAACUCCGAUGAGCUGGAGCUGCUGGAGGGGGAUCUGGUGCAUGUGCUGGAGAAGUGCGACGACGGAUGGUUCGUGGGCACCUCGCAGCGCACCGGCUGCUUUGGCACAUUCCCCGGCAACUAUGUGGAACGCGCCUAAGGCGGAGCCAUCGAGACGGGUGUGGGACACCCGAAUACGAGUACCAAAAUACCCAAACAAAAAAAAUCGUUCACCUCUAAUCUUAAUGAAUUUGUAGUCUAAUACCGAGGGAGUAAUGUGGAAUGACCGAAGCCAGGCCAGGGCAGGGCAGGGCAGGGCAGCUGGACACACAGAGGAAGCUCUAAGAUUAAUUCUGAUUUGAUUUAACUGAAUUACUUUAUGUUGUUGUUGAAUUCUUCUUAUUCCCCUAAUACUGUUCUCCUGCUUGCUUUGCGUUUGCCGUAACGUAAAACUAUUUAUUUAUUUUUAAACAGAGCAUUAAUUUUAUCAAUGUUGGAAUUAUGUUUAUUUAUACUCGUAAAAAAGCGAACACAACACACCACGCCACACCACACACAAUAUUAACUAGAGAGCCCUGACACCACACCAACGCCGCUACCAGCACCCCCUCUCUCUCCCCACAAAUCCCAAUAUCAAAGAGAACUAAACUAAGAUCAUACAUACGGAUGUACCCUUGUCGUUUACCUACUAAUUUUAACUAGUCACAGCUAAUUUCCAAAAAAGAAAACCAGAACACAAUGAUGGAGAACCGUUGAACUACAAAAACACAAGUGCCUUAAAAUUGAACUAAAAAUGAAGUUAAAUUAAAUUAAUUGAAUGAAGGAUGGAAAAUGAAGCAAACACAAAGCUGAAAUAUGCUAUGAACCAAGUGCCUCUGUUGAGUCGGAGUCAAAAGUGAGUCAAGUAGCAAACCAAAAUAUUCUCAAGCCGAUUCAACAGAUUUAAUUGUUUAAUCAUUACAAAGCGAGCGUUUAUUACACAGACACUGUUGCAAGCGUAUUUAGUACAUAAAUAAAUAAACAAA